CAAACAACUAUAUGUUUGGUUUGGGGACAAAGACGAACGAAGCCACAAACCAUGAAAAGAAAGAAGAGUCCUAUUACAAAUUAAAUUCCUUUUUUUUUUUAAUUACAAUCUUGACCAGGAGCCAUCUCUAUUCGCUCUUGGAGUAGAAGAAGGGGCUUCAAUUGAUCCGUGAUUGCAAACCCUAAUCGACCGAUCUAUGGAUGGGAACAAAGACGACGCCUUGAAAUGCUUGAAAAUCAGCCGCGAUGCACUCGAAGCCGGGGAUCGAACCCGUGCCCUGAAAUUCAUCAACAAAGCGCGUCGGCUUGACCCGUCUCUCCCUAUAGAGGAUCUAUUAUCGAAGCUUGAAGGUAAAUCCGGCGAUCCUUCGUCGAAUGGACCUACCAAUGAAUCGUCAUCGGAUUCAUCAAAGAUGGCCGAUAUCAAUAAUAGUAAUUCUGGUACUCGGCGUAGGGCUUCGGCAACUGGGUCAUCUGCUGGAUCGUCGUCAACCACGUCGGUGGCAUACACUGAGGAGCAAAUCUCAAUCGUGAGAGAGAUUAAGAGAAAAAAAGACUAUUAUGAGAUAUUAGGGUUAGAGAAGAGUUGUAGUGUUGAGGAUGUUAGGAAAGCAUAUCGAAAACUGUCGUUGAAGGUUCAUCCUGAUAAGAACAAUGCACCUGGGGCCGAGGAGGCCUUUAAGGCGGUGUCCAAGGCAUUUCAAUGUUUGAGUGUUGAGGAGAGUAGAAAAAAAUAUGAUCUUGUUGGCUCAGAUGAACCUGUUUAUGAGAGGCACACCACUAGGCGUGCAGCGCAAGGGUUUAAUGGGUUUUAUGAAGCAGAAUUUGAUGCCGAUGAGAUUUUUAGGAAUUUCUUCUUUGGAGGAAUGAAUCCGGCAGCGACUACACAGUUUCGCGGGUUUAACUUUGGACCUGGUGUGGGUGCAAGAAUGGGUGACCAAGGGUCUGGUGGGUUCAAUGUCCGGGCUCUAAUUCAGUUACUUCCAGUGCUUCUGAUUCUGCUAGUGAACUUCUUGCCAUCAUCUGAUCCCAUUUAUACUCUCUCACGGACAUAUCCAUACGAACAUCGGUUUACCACACAAAAGGGUGUUAAUUUUUAUGUGAAGACGACUAAGUUUGAGCAGGACUACCCUCCUAACAGUCCUGAACGUGUGGCAAUUGAAGAGCGAGUUGAGAAAGACUAUUAUUCACUCAUUUCACAAAAUUGUCGGCUUGAGUUGCAGCGUCUCCAAUGGGGCUUCACACGGGAAACACCUUAUUGUGACAUGUUGAAGCGGUUUGAAAAGGUGGCUUGAUGAAUCAAUUCAAGAUUGCCUGAUCACUGUAUCAAAUUCUAUCAACCUGCUGUUUAAGAGUAUGCAUUGAAGAAAUGGAUGUCGAUAGUUUUGAUUGUGGAUUUGCUUCCACUGAAUAUGGAUCUCUUCUUUUACAUGGUACUAGUUAGUUUGGAUGCUGGUACUACGAACUUCUGGCAGCCUUGAUUUUUUCCAUUGUGCACUGCAAUUUGCACAACCGUUGAUGAAUUCAGCAUAACCAUAACAAUUCUGUAAUAUAGUUUAUAUUACAAGGCUACCGAUUCUGUUUUAUACCGUAUUCUGUUUGAUGACCUCUAGCUUUUAUGUAUUUGAGUUGAUUACAUUUACAUUUUAUAAUACGCACACUGGGUUCAUCUUA